CCCUCUCUCCCCGCCGUCUGUCUGUGGAAUAUGGAUGGGGCAUCGCUGGAUUCGGAGAGCGUCACCCCACGCCGUCAACGGCUCGUACGCCCUCCUCUCCCCGCCUUGUUUCAACAGGGUGGGUGAGCAGCGGGCGGAGUGGGGGCCGGUGGGCGAGGAGAUGGCGGGCGCAUACCGAGCAGCACGUAUGCUCGGCACAUGGAAGCGUGGAACCACACGCAACACGAAGGCAAUGCUCCCCGCCAAGCGCUGCCUUGGUAGUGCAGUACGCCGCACAAUUCGCGCCCGCGGCUGACUCAGGAUCAGCCGGCCGCGACCGGGGCGGCGGCUGCGGGGGAGGAGAGGCAACUCCAUGCGGGUGGUGCGGGCGAUCAGGGCUGCGAAUGUGCGGUCCAGGUGCUGCAAC